UAGUAAAGAUGGCCGCGGCGUUGGUACAGUAUGUGGUGCUUCGUGGGGACCUGCGUUCCGGGAUGGGGUGGCCACUAGGAGCCUUGGUGGCUCAGGCUUGUCACGCUGCCACGGCUGUCAUUCACUUGUAUUAUCAGCACCCGCACACCCAGGCCUACCUGCAGGAGCUGGGGAGCAUGCACAAGGUGGUGCUGGAGGUUUCCGAUGAAGCAACAUUGACCACCCUAGCGGAAACUUUGAAACAAGCAAACAUAGAUCACAAACUGUGGAUUGAGCAGCCAGAGAACAUACCAACUUGUAUUGCUAUUAGGCCGUAUCCCAAGGAGGAGGUGCACAAAUACCUUAAAAAAUUCAAGUUGCUUAAGUGACUGCUGCUGCUGUCUGCAGGUGUAAUUGGUUUCCUUGCUGAGAGAACAUUCAUCGUCUGCUACUCUGUGCCAGCAAUAGGGGAGCCGGCGUUAGUGCUUGGUGACUGAGCUGUGACAAUAUUGUAUGGGUCGUUCCAGUCUGUGCCCUCCUUGCUGAUCACAUACGAGGCUGGAUGGAAACUAACAGUUGCUUUGUUUUUUUGAAGGACAUUUACGUUUUCAGUAUAAAAAAAAAACGUUUUUAGUCAGAAGGAAGCUCUUAAAGGGGCGUGUGACUCUGUAAAGUGUGUAUAAUAAUGGUUUAAUUUAAAAAAAUAUAUAUUGGUAAAGGAAUCAUCUGGGGGUACAAGAACUGUCUGGAAUAUAUUCAUAUAACAAAGAAA